AUGAUAACCCUGAUCACCGAGCAGCUACAGAAACAGACUCUGGAUGAGCUGAAAUGCACACGCUUCAGCAUCAGUCUGCCUUUGCCUGAUCAUGCAGACAUCUCCAACUGUGGGAACCCUUUCCAGCUUGUGCCUGAAGGUGCUUCCUGGAGGGGCUUGCCCCACUGUUCCUGUGCCGAGUUUCAGGACGGCCUCAACCUCAGCUACCACCCGUCAGGCCUGAGCCUGCACCUCAGACCACCCAGCCGGGGAAGCUCCCCACCGGAGCAGCCCCUCUCCCAAGUUCUAAGCCCUGAGCCCCCCGAUCCAGAGAAGCUUCCUGUGCCCCCCACCCCUCCACCCAAGAGGCACUGCCGCUCGCUCUCGGUGCCCGUGGACCUGUCUCGCUGGCAGCCAGUGUGGCGGCCUGCCCCCUCCAAGCUGUGGACUCCCAUCAAGCACCGAGGCAGUGGUGGAGGGGGUGGGCCGCAGGUGCCUCACCAGAGCCCUCCAAAGCGGGUCUCCAGCCUCAGGUUCCUCCAAGCUCCCAGUGCCUCUUCUCAGUGUGCCCCAGCCCACAGACCCAGCAGUCCACCUUUCUUCAGCCUGGCCCUGACCCAAGAUUCCUCUCAACCCUGUGCUGCCUCCCCCCAAAAUGGCUCCUGGGAAAGUGAUGCCGAAUCCCUAUCCCCUUGCCCACCCCAACGCCGCUUUUCCCUGUCACCCAGCCUGGGCCCACAGGCAAGCCGCUUCUUGCCCUCUGCCCGGAGCUCCCCCGCAUCCUCCCCAGAGCUGCCCUGGCGACCCCGAGGCCCCCGCAGCCUUCCUCGAAGCCGCUCACAGCCUUGUGAUCUGGAUGCCCGAAAAGCUGGAGUGAAGCGGCGCCACGAGGAGGACCCCCGGCGGCUGAGGCCUUCCUUGGACUUUGACAAGAUGAAUCAGAAACCAUACUCAGGAGGUGCCUGUCUCCAAGAAACAGCCCGGGAAGGCAGCAGCAUCUCUCCACCGUGGUUCAUGGCCUGUAGCCCCCCACCCCUCUCUGCUUCCUGCAGCCCCGUUGCGGGUGCCUCCCAGGUGCUGAGUGAAAGCGAAGAGGAGGAGGAGGGGUCUGUGCGGUGGGGGCGCCAGGCGCUGAGUAAGCGGACACUGUGCCAGCAGGACUUUGGGGACCUGGACUUAAACCUGAUUGAGGAGAACUAA